AAGCGUGCUUUUCGUUUCUAGUGUUUUGUAAACUUUCCUUGAUAUAAGCAAGUAGCACAUGCAUUCUGCACUCCAACUCAUCGAGAGAUCCAGAGAGAGAGAGAGAAAUGGGAAAUAAUGAAGAGCAUCUUCCUCUUUUCACAACAACGCCAGCAAAGGCACGUAUCCCUUUCAAAUUCUAUGCGCACUCAAUCUUCGUGGGGAUAUGCUUGAUCUUUGUAUGUAGAGCGAGGUAUAUACCAGCAAAAGAAGAAGCCGGAAGAUGGGCUUGGAUGGGAAUGUUUCUCUCAGAACUUUGGUUUUCUUUAUAUUGGUUUAUCACCAUGAUUCUGCGAUGGAACCCCAUCUACCGCCGCGCUUUCAAAGAUCGGCUCUCUCUCAGAUACGAAAAGGCUUUGCCCGGCAUAGACAUUUUCGUAUGCACCGCAAACCCCGUGAUAGAACCUCCAGCUUUGGUGAUUAACACAGUUCUCUCCGUCCUGGCUUAUGACUAUCCACCUCAAAAGCUGGCCGUUUAUCUCUCCGACGAUGGCUGUUCCGAUCUGACGUUCUAUGCAAUGCUCGAGGCCUCGCGUUUCGCAAAGACUUGGCUUCCCUUUUGCAAGAAAUUCAAAGUGGAACCUAGAUCGCCGGAAGCUUAUUUCCGAACAGCUGCUAAGCCACAUGGGGAUCCUGUCAUGGCCAACGACUGGUCCUCCGUCAAGAAAGCAUACGAGAACAUGAAGCAACGUAUUGAAACCGUCACAAAGCUAGGUCAGAUUCCAGAGGAAAUACGUAAAGAACACAAAGGAUUCAGUGAGUGGAAUUUGGUUGCAAACCGACGUGAUCAUCAAACCAUUCUCCAAAUACUUAUUGAUGGGAAAGACCCUACGGCUUUGGACAUGGAAGGACAAUCUUUGCCAACUCUGGUAUACUUAGCACGUGAAAAGAGACCCCAAUACCACCACAAUUUCAAAGCAGGAGCCAUGAAUGCACUGAUACGGGUAUCGUCGAGGAUAAGCAAUGGUCCGAUCAUUCUUAAUUUGGAUUGCGACAUGUAUUCAAGUGAUUCGGAGACAGUGAGGGAUGCAUUGUGUUUUUUUAUGGAUGAAGAAAAAGGUCACGAAGUUGGCUACGUACAGUUUCCACAUACCUUCGAGAAUCUUACGAAGAAUGAUCUUUACGGUGGUUCCUUGAACGUAUUAAAAAAGGUGGAUCUUCCAGGACAGGAUGGGAAUGGUGGACCUUUCUAUAUUGGUUCCGGGUGCUUUCACAGAAGAGAGUCCCUGUGUGGGAAGAAGUAUAGUGAGCAUUGCAAGACAGAUUUGAUGGUAUGGAACGGUAUAAAGGUAGAAGAGAGUACUGCAAGUGUGCUAGAGGACACAUGUAAAAUCCUUGCAAGUUGUACCUAUGAAGAGAAGACUCUGUGGGGAAAGGAGAUGGGUCUGAAAUAUGGCUGUCCGGUGGAAGAUGUCAUGACAGGACUAGCUGUACAAUGUCGAGGUUGGAGAUCCAUCUAUUUCAAUCCAGAAAGGAAGGCCUUCCUCGGGCUUGCGCCCACUACAUUACUGCAGACACUUGUACAGCACAAAAGAUGGUCUGAAGGUGAUUUUCAGGUCUUUCUCUCAAGGUACAAUCCCCUUGUGAGUGGGUAUAAAAAGAUUCCCCUCAAACUUCAACUCUCCUAUUGUCCCUAUUUGCUAUGGGCUCCAAAUUGCUUGGCCACACUGUAUUAUGUUGCAGUACCAUCCUUGUGCCUCCUUAGGGGCAUUCCCUUGUUUCCUAAGAUUUCAAGCGCAUGGGUGCUACCAUUUGCAUUCGUCAUCAUUGUCCACCGGGCAUACAGUCUUGGAGAAUUUAUUUGGUGUGGGGGCACAUUCCAAGGUUGGUGGAAUGAACAAAGGAUAUGGCUCUUCAAAAGAAUCAGUUCCUACGUCUUUGCCUUCUCUGACAACAUCCUAAAACUUUUGGGACUUACGGACUUAGGCUUCGCCAUCACGGCAAAGGUGGCUGAAAGUGAUGUGUCGCAGAGAAACGAGCAGGAGAUCAUGGAAUUUGGUGCUUCUUCCCCAAUGUUUACCAUUAUAGCAACACUGGCGUUGCUAAACGCAUUUUGUUUUGUUGGAGGAAUGAAGAGGGUGAUUAUGGAUAUGCAAACUUGGUUUUCAAACCCAUUUGCGUUGCAGAUUCUUCUAUGUGCUCUCCUGGUUAUUAUCAACGUCCCUGUUUAUCAAGGUCUCUUCCUCAGGAAAGAUAAGGGCAGGAUGCCAACUUCAGUGACACUUUGGUCACUUAUGUUUGCGGGUUUGGCUUGUGUAUUAGCCUGUUAUUAAGUUCUCUCUAAAUGCCAAGCAAAACUUUCUGCGAGCAAUGAAAUAAGUUGAAAGUACAGUACUUUUCUACUUACCAGGAGGCCAGGGAAUAUACUGAUUCUCAAAGGAACUGUAGUGUUCAUGAUGGUAUGUUAUUCCCAUCUGGUUUUAUUAAGGUUUGGUACGACAUAAUAAGCUUUAGAAGGCAAAACGUCCAUUGGCAAUCUGAAUUAAUCUCAUUAGUCA